AUGAGUCUGGAGGUCCAGUUCUGCUCUGGUUCUUCUCUGGUUCUGGUCCAGUUCCCGGAGGAGAAGGUGAAGCUGACCUGUACAGACAGACUGCCAGCUUACCUGACCACCGUGACCAUGAUGAUCUUCAUGAUCUCUGUGACCUUUGCCAUCGUCUUUGGGGUUAUCCUGUACCGGAUCAGCAUUAAGGCAGCGCUGCACAUAAGUGACUACCCUGUAGCACGAUCCAACAUUCGAGCCACUGUAAAAACCACGGCCGCCAUCAUCAACCUCAUCGUCAUCAUCAUCCUAGAUGAAAUCUAUGCGGCUAUCGCUCGCUGGCUCACCACACUGGAGGUUCCAAAGACGGACAAGAGUUUUGAAGAGCGCCUCAUUUUCAAAACGUUCAUUUUGAAGUUUGUCAAUGCCUUCACACCCAUCGUCUACUUGGCCUUUUUCAGGGGCAGGCUUGUGGGGAGACCUGGAAACUACUUGUAUGUUAUUGGAUCAUACAGAAUGGAAGAGUGUGCUCAUGCAGGCUGCCUCAUGGAGUUGUGCAUCCAGCUGUGCAUCACCAUGCUGGGGAAGCAGCUCAUCCAGAACAACUUGUUUGAGAUUGGCAUACCGAAGUUAAAGAAGCUUCUCCGUCAGAGGAAGUCUGAGGUGACCUCGCUGCAAGAGGAGGAUCUGAAAACCUUAAAACGCUACGAGAAAGAUCACUUCCUGGGUCCGUUUGUUGGCAUCAACCCCGAGUACAUGGAAAUGAUCAUCCAGUUUGGGAUGGUGACUCUUUUCGUGGCCUCCUUCCCUCUGGCUCCACUCUUUGCUCUGCUGAAUAAUAUCAUCGAAAUUCGCCUGGACGCCAAGAAGUUUGUCAUGGAGCUGCGCAGACCCCUAGCAGCAAAGGCCAAAGACAUUGGUAUUUGGUACAACCUCUUAAGGGGGCUCAGCAAGGUGGCAGUUAUUGUUAACGCUUUUGUCAUUGCCUUCACCUCGGACUUCAUCCCUCGGCUGGUCUACCAGUACACGUACAGCCCUGACGGCUCCAUGCACGGCUUCAUCAAUCACACUCUGUCAUAUUUCAACGUUAGCGACUUCCAGCCCGGCACAGCCCCUUCAGAUGCACUGCACCUGGGCUACAAGGUGGACGAAUGCAGAUAUAAAGACUACAGAGAUCCCCCAUGGUCCAGCACACCGUAUGAACUGUCCAAAGAGUUCUGGGCCAUUCUUGCUGUUCGUCUUGCCUUCGUUAUUGUCUUUCAGAAUGUGGUGAUGCUUAUGAGUGACUUUGUGGACUGGCUAAUCCCAGACAUCCCCAAGGACAUCAGCCUCCAGAUCCACAAGGAGAAGAUCCUCAUGGUGGAGGUGUUCAUGAAGGAAGAGCAGGGUAAAAGGCAGGUGGCGCGGGACAACCACAACCAGGACAACUGCACCAGCCCCUCGUCGACCGAUCAGAGCCCACCGCAGCCUCGUUCACGCCCGGUAAAUCCCGAUAAGGCCAGCUGGUGAAGCAUCAUGGAUUUCAAUCGGCAAAUAUGUUGUUGUAUUUAGUUUAGAGGAUUUUUAUUUUUAAUAUUUUUGACCUGC